GCAUCAUCAAAUGAAAGUCGGACGAGCGUAAGGGUCGCUUGCAAUCUGCGAUUCAACCACCUGCAUCGAUGCGUGUGGCGUCUCCCUCUCAUUCAUGACCCUCGCCAUCUCUAGCAGGCACCGAUCUUCUGUUCAACUCGCUGCCAAGGCAUCGCGGCGAUCGAUUUUCCGGACCCUGUACUCCUUCGGCUACUUGGCUCGCACACGAGCUCCGAAUCGGGCCGAAUGGCUUGAAAGCGCCGGAGCAGCCUCUCACAAGCUUCAGCAUCGCACCGGAGCUCUUACAGAAUGGCCAAGAGGACCGUCCUCCCGCUAGAUGAGUGGCAGAGGAGCCUGAACGAAGUGCACGUCAGCAAAGAUGACAUGAACAGGCUGGUGCUGGACUACCUCAUCAUAGAAGGCUAUAAGGAUGCAGCUGCUCGACUGGCUCUCGAAGCUAAUCUGGAGCCUAAUGUCGAUCUCGAUAGCAUCGAGAAUCGAAUGCUGAUCAGAGCUGCCAUUCAGAGGGGAGAUGUAGAGGACGCCAUUGGCAGGGUAAACGAGCUAGAUCCAGAGAUUUUGGACACCCACCCGGUGCUGUUUUUCCACCUCCAGCAACAACGGCUCAUCGAGUUGAUUCGAGCCGGCUCACUUGAAGAGGCACUUCUCUUUGCGUCGGAGGAGCUUGCGCCCAGAGGCGAAGAGCACCCCAACCUGUUGCCCGAGCUGGAGCGCACCAUGGCUCUGCUAGCCUUCACGCCGGUCAACUUUGCCGGGCAUGACAAAUCGCCAGCGCAAGGGACGACUGUCCCUCUCUCAGCGGGCUUACCGGCCACUUUGCCUGGCCCGGAACUGCUUGGCGCGCCUGAACACAUUAGUGCUCUACUUCACCCUUCCCAGAGGCUCAGGACAGCGACUGAACUCAAUGCUGCCAUACUUGCAUCGCAAUCGCAAGGCACUGAGCCCAAGCUUCCGAAGCUACUUAGAGUCAUGUAUGCCGGCGAAGACCUCCUUUCUACCGCUGGUAAGGUCGACUUUCCCAAUCUUGACAUUGCUAGGUAUGCUGGUGCGAGCCAACAACACGCUUCUGCAAUCGCUGAUGGGGCACGGAAGGAGUAGACAGCGAAGAGGCUGAUGCUUUUGCGAUUCUCACAAUCCUUGAACACCUCUUUUUCCAUCUCGUCAACCCAAAGCUUUGUAAUCGUACUAUAUGGCCUCAGUUGUUCUUCUUGGUCACUUCCCUAAAGUCCCUUGCGAACGCAAGACUCACUGUACUUUUAGCCUGUAUCAGCCGCACACUACACUCUUCGAAUCCACCUUUCUUGCGGGCCGCGAACGCGUGAUUUGGGGAUUUGUUCAGCACGCAAGUUUGGUCCAUGUUGCUUUGCACUCAAAU